AUGGCAACAACCAGAGGAGCUAAUGCAGCAGCGGCUGCGGUCAGCAUCUACAUCCUGACAUUCAACUGUGGCAAAACCGGCAUCGCCGUCGACGCCUUCGCCUCCCAGCUCUUCUCGGGCCUCUCCUCCCCACAGCUGCCCGAUCUCCUCGUCCUCUCCCUCCAAGAGAUAGCUCCUAUACCGCACUGCCUGAUCGGCGGAUCCUUUCUCGUGCCGUACUUCGCGCGCUUCCACGAUGCCGUGGAGAGGGCUUCCCGGAGAGCGGCAGGGACGACGGACGACGCCGAGGGGAGGAUCUACCAGCCGGUGGCAGCGAGGAACCUGGGUAUGACGGGGGUGAUGGUCUUUGCGAAGGACGGCGAUGCCAUCUCUGACAUCGAGACUGGCGGGGUCGGGGUCGGCUACGGGGAGAUGGGGAAUAAAGGAGCGAUGGGAGUCCGGUUUACAUACCACGGCAAUGGGACGUCGACGGAGCUGGCGUUCGUAGCAGCACAUCUCGAAGCGAUGGAAUGGAAUCUCGAGCGCCGGAAUGCAGAUUGGAAGAACAUCGUUCGGGGGCUGGUAUUCUCGUCGAAGUACGCAUAUGGUAUGAGCGAUGCGACAUCUCAGUCAGCAGGAGAAAGACCGCUGCUUUCGAUAUCGCCGCGAAAUGCGUCGAUGUUUAAACCUACAUCCCACCUCUUCUUCGCCGGCGAUUUGAAUUACCGGACUUCGACCAUGUCUCCCUCGCCCACCGAUCACAAAGAUACCUUUCCGCAGCCGUAUCACGGCAAGUCUUCGCCAAACCACUAUUCCAAACUCUUUGAAAACGACCAGUUGAAUCAAGAGCGCUUAGCAGGACGGACAUGUCACGGUUUGACAGAAGCGCCCGUAAGAUUCCCCCCUACAUACAAGUACAAGCUCCAAGAUCCAUUCAUGACGCCCGACGACGAGUUGUCCAAGUGGCACUGGGCGCCUCACCGGUGGCCCUCGUGGUGCGACAGGAUACUCUACCUCGAUCUCCCGCCCUGGGUCAAGCGCAGCCACCCAGACGCCAAAAUCAUCGUACGUCAGUACUCGGCCCUCCCACUCCUGCCGACUACGGAUCACAGGGGAGUUGCACUUGAGGUUUCCGUCCCACUGCUGCCGAUCCCGCCGCCGCGGGAGGAUGAAGAAGGCGAUGAUCCGCGCAUCAGGCCGCCGUUUGAGGUCCAUGUGGACUGGAAGCGGAACCGGGAGCGGGCGCGGAUGAUGGAGUUGGUGGUGGGGUUUGCCAUGUACUUCACGACGACGAAGGAAGGGGGUGCCAUUGCGGUGGCCAUGGUUGUGGGGGUGGCGGGGGCCUUUUACGCUCUCCAGACGAGCUGGGAGAUGUGA